AUUUCUGCUGUAUCACAAAUAUGCAAAUGCAGAGAUGCAGACAACAUAUGUCUGCACUCAGAAUGGUGGAGAGGGAUCAGAAACAUGUUUCAAGAUGUCGAGGUAGCUGGUUAAUUACAGCCUCAAUAUACUUGGUCCUUUGCUUGUUCAAGUGAUGGGAUGACUUAGAUAUAGCCUGCAGGCACACGCCCUUUUACUUGGACAAAAAAAGCUCAAAGUGCUGCUGCAGAGACCAUGUAAAAGUAUCAAGGACCGGACUGCAUGUCUACACAGUGAAUCACAGUGAUUUCUUUCUCUUCUGGCUCAAGAAGAAGUCAGUGAAGUCAGCAAAGUGAAUGUGUGAAACAGUUUGCCUCAGUUACAUGAUUAGAGGCAUCAUAUUUCAGCCUCGACUCAUUGCAGAGCUUCACUCUGAAUGGAUGGCAGCUCCAGCUGUACGGCUAAGCCUCAGUUGCUGCUGACGUGGCAAGGAACAUGUCUGUCUGAGGCUGGAGGCAUUCCCUAAAAUUCUUUGUGGGCUGAGCCAACCUUGCCCUUCCAAUCAAAGCUUCACAUCCCAAUCAUAGCCUGUGUCCUGGAAAGUCCUUUCUGUUAGGAUGUCAUUGAAACAGUUCUGAAGAUUGCACGUAGUUCCACAAACCCACUCUGAGGAUAUAUUCUAAUGUGCUGCUGCAGCUGCUUUUGGAGACAGACAGGAUGUGGAUGACUAAUGUUGUAGCUCUUUGUCUGCUGGCCCUCAUGGCCUCUGCGGAGGACAAGAAGCUUAGCAGCCAUGCUACCACGCUGGCUGACAACAGUGCCAAUCUGGCCUUCAGCCUCUACCACAACAUGGCAAAGGAGAAAGAGACAGAGAACAUCCUCAUCUCUCCUGUGGUGGUGGCCUCCUCUCUGGGGAUGGUGGCUCUUGGCGGUAAGGCCUCCACUGCUUCCCAGGUCAAAACUGUCCUCAGUGCUGACAAACUAAAGGAUGAGCAUCUGCAUGCAGGCCUGUCUGAACUGCUCACAGAGUUGAGCGAUGCCAAGAAACGCAACACUACCUGGAAGAUCAACAACCGCCUGUAUGGCCCGAGCUCCGUCACCUUUGCUGAUGAUUUUGUGAAAAACAGCAAGAAGCACUACAACUACGACCAUUCAAAAAUAAACUUCAGGGACAAGAGGAGUGCAGUGAACUCCAUCAACGAGUGGGCAGCCAAGUCGACAGAUGGCAAGCUGCCUGAGAUCACCAAGGACGUGCAGAACCCAGAUGGAGCCAUGAUUGUCAACGCUAUGUUCUUCAAACCUCACUGGGAUGAGAAAUUCCAUGAUAAAAUGGUGGACAAUCGUGGUUUCCUGGUUACCCGCUCAUUCACCAUUGGAGUUCCCAUGAUGCAUCGUACGGGUCUGUAUGACUUCUACGAGGACACAGAGAACCGAAUCUUUGUGCUGAGCAUGCCUCUAGGCCAGAAGCAGGCUUCUAUGAUCCUUAUUAUGCCCUACCACCUGGAACCUCUAGAUCGCCUAGAGAAACUCCUGACCAGGAAACAGGUGGACACGUGGCUCAGUAAGAUGCAGAACAGAGCUGUGGCCAUUUCCCUCCCCAAGAUCUCAGUGGAUGUCAGCCACAACCUGCAGAAACACCUUGCUGAGCUCGGCCUGACCGAAGCCGUAGACAAAGCUAAGGCUGACUUGUCCAACAUCUCCGGAAAGAAGGACCUUUACCUCUCUAAUGUCUUCCAUGCAUCAACCCUUGAGCUGGACGUGGAAGGAAACCCAUACGACACCAGCAUCUUUGGCACAGAGAAGCUGAGAAACCCCAAACUUUUCUAUGUAGAUCACCCCUUCAUUUUCCUGGUGAAGGACAAUAAGACCAACUCCAUCAUGUACAUUGGCAGAGUAGUAAGACCUAAAGGAGACAAGAUGCGUGAUGAGCUAUAAUGUUAAUGUUGUGAAUUGUGGUGGGUAGCUUUGUUAUUUGUGAAAUGAUGGCAGGAAACAUUAUAUAUUUCUGGUAUUCUGUUACCUCAUGAGUACAUUCUAACAGGCAGUCUGUGAACUGAGUAUCUGAGCUUGCAGUUUUUAGACACUAAACCUUUCCCAGGGAACAAUUCUGUCUCAGCCUGAAGCCACCUUGGAUUGAACUAUGUUCUCAGUUAUAAAUCAAGAAUCGAGAUUUCUGUAAACAAACAGCAGUUGGCACAGCAAACAACAUGCUUAUAUUAAGUAUGAUCUCUUUUUCUUUACACCCUUUAUUUGCCAGUAUUGCUACAAUCCAUGUGUGCGUUCUUGCAUUAUCUUUAAUGUUUAAAGAAAAGAAGAUCCUGCUCAAGCUUGUUUAACAGUUCUGUCUUACUCCUUCCUUUCAUGCCCUUUUUUUGUUUGUCUUUUUUUUUUAAAUUUUGCCUCCAAUCUGCACUGAAUUCUGUUCUGCACACAGUGAGCUUGCAGAGAAAAGGUGGCAAAAUUUUGAUGUUUCCUUUAUGUUCAUUUGCCAUCCAUACUGUGUCAAUUUUGGUGCUGUAGGUAUUUUCCCACAGAGGCAGUAAUUGUGUGAUUUUAUUAUUAUUGAUUUUUCAAUAAAAAUAAAGAAAAUGA